CUUCCGUAAACAGCACCCGGCCCGUCCCCCGGCCUACCCCCCGCACGCCGGCACGGCCCAUUGCCAGCGCGGGGGAGUCCGCCGAAGCAUCUUUCCGUGUUGCCGCGUAUUUCCCUACGCUUAGUGCCCGGUCGCAGGCAGAAUGAGGAGAUGCUGGCAGUUUCUACUGGCAUAAGUGGAGGCUGGCACAAGCGCCUCAGAUAACUCUCCGUUGGCAGGCAGGAAAGGAUGACGCACCUUCCCCCUUCCACCGUCAGAGAUGGACGUGUCCGAGGAAGACACUAAUAGUCCGGGCUGGGUCUUUAAAUCAGAGGGGGGGCUUUGUGCGGGCCCGGCGAGCGCCGCGUAGGACGGCGAGAGACAGCGGUCUUGUUUACUGUGUAAACAAAGUAAAGGGAAUCAGAAUGCCUCUCAAUGAUGAGCAGAACAGUGACUCAGAUUCUUCACGGCUCUCAGAAAGCACAGCUUCUUCCAGCGACUCGGAAUAUUCCAGGCAGAGCUUUAACAGUGAUUCUUCAAGCAAACCCAGCUCCCCAGCGUCAGCAAGCCCUCCCAAGGUUAUCACAUUUGAUGAACUGAUGGCAGCUACAAGAAAUCUGUCAAACUGGACUCUAGCUCAUGAAAUUGCUGUAAAUGCAAAUUUUUGCAUAAAACAUGAAGACUACCCACAAAACAGCUUUGCAGGCACAGUGAAACAAAUUGUACACAAGGCAUUUUGGGAUCAUUUGGAAUCGGAACUGAAUGAAGAUCCUCCAGAAUACGAACAUGCUAUCAAGCUCUUUGAGGAAAUUAAGGAGAUUCUUCUUUCCUUCCUGACUCCUGGAGCAAACAGGAUGCACAAUCAAAUUUGUGAAGUUCUAGAUACGGAUCUUAUAAGACAGCAGGCAGAACACAAUGCUGUUGAUAUUCCUGGGCUAGCUAACUAUAUCAUCAACACUAUGGGAAAGUUAUGUGCUCCAAUAAGAGACAACGACAUAAAACAGUUAAAAGCAACUGACAAUAUUGUAGAGUUACUGAGACAAAUAUUCCAUGUUUUGGACCUGAUGAAAGUGGAUAUGGCAAAUUACACAAUUAAAAGCCUUAGACCAUACCUCUGGCAUAACUUGGUGGACUAUGAAAGAACAAAAUUCCAGGAAAUUCUUGAAGAAACACCAAGUGCCCUGAAUCUCACAACAGAAUGGAUAAAGGAAUCAAUAGAAGAUGAAUUGUCAUCUAUUUCUGAUGAGUCUUCAUCAUCCCCUGGUGCUGAUAGUAGUUCAAAACCAAUUAUUAGUCCUACACUGGUGCUAAACAAUGGCUACUUGAAACUGUUACAGUGGGAUUAUUGCAAAACAAUUCCAGAGACUUUAAUAACAGAUGAAGUUCGUCUUCAGGAGUUGAGAGAAAAGCUCAAUCAAUUAAAAGUCAUAGCUUGUGUUUCUCUCAUAACAAACAACAUGGUGGGUGCAGCAACUGUAGAUGUGCCUGAUUUUGCUGACCAACUGAAAAGGAUCUCCCUUCCUCUUCUUGAAGGCAUGAAUAAGAAAAGUUUUGACUUGAAGGAGGCUCUGAAUGCUAUUGGUGUCCAGAUUUGCAACAUAGUGAACAAGUCUCUCAGUGAAAGAGGUCUUCCCACUCUUAGUGAAGAAAUCCAGAGUAAUUUAAUGGGUCAAUUUGCUCAUAUUGUUGAGAAGAAUAAUCCUGUCUGUUCCUUGAUUGACAAACGAAUCCAGCUCUUCAUGAGAAGCUUGCUUGCUCUUCCGAGUUUUCAGAAGUGUAUGCCUACUAUGCCAGGAGGCCUUUCAGUGAUUCAGACAGAGAUAGAGUUUCUGGGAUCUCAGUAUGCAAGCAUUGUAAACUUCAAUAAAAAAGUGUAUGGACCAUUCUAUGCAAACAUACUUAGAAAACUGCUUUUUCCUGAGGCAGCAAUGGAGAAAACAGAAGCAGAAACAUCUAACAAUUAAAAAAUGUACCCUUUUUUUAAUCUUCCAAGACAGUGGGGAAGUCACAUCUCUAAGAACAGCCUACUCCAGUGACUGUUGAUGGAGAAAGGUCUUGUAAAAUGUAUACAGAUAGUUUCUGAAAUUCACUGUAAAGAAAUUAAUGUCAAGGUCAUAUAUAUAUAUUUUUUUUUUAAUAGAAAAAUAAUUGUUUAAUGGAUUGUCACUUGUAAUAGCCAGUGAAUUAUUAAUUUCCAUAGCAAGCAUUUAUUAUGACUUGCAAUAGGAAAGAGCUGGCAAUGUACUUAAUGUUUCACCACCAUCAAAACAAUGUUAUUUUUCAACUCAAAUAUAUUUACAUAUAGCAAUGCAUAUUAGGAAAUGACAAAACAACUGUAGAUAAAAUGUACUAUGCUUACAUUGUAUUUUUGUAGAGUAACAUCUCAGACAGCAAUUAUGUUUCUGAGAAUACUUUGAAGGAGACAGUAUAGCAUACCUGCUUUAGUAACCAAACCUAGGUUCAUACUAGACCAAGUUGAGGUCCUUCUGCAAUUACUGGACCCAGAACUUUGCCUCUGUUACAUUAAGGAAAGCCAGUGUUACAAGCUGUUUGCAGAUAGCAGUUACAGAAGCAGCAUUCACCACUUCAAGUAGGAAUCAUUCAGAACUUCUCAACUCUAAUUGAGAUUAAUGAUAAACACCUGAGAAACCUGAGGGUGGGGGGGUGGAGUAAAUUUCUGUAUAUAAUGUGUUUAUAAGCAUUUUGUUUAUUCAGUGGAGGUCAUACAGAUCUUUUAAUAUGUGUAUGUAUUGAUCUUUGAUCUUAAGAGAUGGGUAUUAAGUAUUUUUAAGUUAGGUCUUCCUAACCUUUAUUCCCAAAAGCACUUAACCGUGACCUUAGAGUGUAGCACAGAAGAGCUGCACCCCUUUCAUGCCCUUAUCCAACAGAAUGUAAAUUUUUCACAAGAUGUUCUUAGGCCUGAAAGCAAGAACCUGAGUAAUUAGUAAUUUUUGAAAAUAUUAUUAGAUUCACUUUUUUAGGGAGUGUGUGAGAAAUACUCCUGUUUUCCUCAAAUUUCUUUGGACUGGGCCCCAAUACUUAGUUCCCAUCUCAGGCAUUGGGAGUCUUGCAUACAGAAAAUGAAUACGAUUGAAAUGGAGAAAUGUGGAAGUGAACUUCUUUAAGUUUAUAUAGGCUUUAUCUUGCAUAUUUCAGAUUGCUGGGAUUAGAUAGUGCUGGAAUACAUAUUAUAGACAUGUUUUUGUCUGUGAAAUUGAAUAAUUUACUUGAAAAUUAUAUUUUAAUAUAUCACUAUAUAAUACUCCUUUUAAGAUGUCAUAUAUAGAAAACCUCAGUGUGGUACAAGUUAGAGCUUGUUUUUAAUAUUUUAUAUUACAAUCUAUUUUUUAUGAAGAGACAAAACCUGUAAAAGCGUAAUGUGUCACACAAAUUGUUUAUGUACAUUACAGUGUCUAUCAUAAAGGUCUAAAAAAACCUGGGCAUUAUUAGCACUGUGGUUUUGUAGUCCAUUUCUACAGGAAUGUGUACCCUUUAUAGCAAAGGAAAUUACUUCCUAUUCAGUUGUUCUUCAGUGUCCAAGGACUUUGGUCACUUGUAAAUGUUAAGGAAAACUUUCUUGCCUUUUUAGAGAAAUUUCUCUAGUGCACUUCUGUUCUAUCCCUUGUGAAAACAUUGCACAAAAUAAAGAUGAAUACAUAUUUUAAAGGGAACUGUUUCCUGGAAAACCUAGGAGAAAGGAACUCUUAGACUAUCAUAACUGUGCCACUAGGUAAGCCAGGCUUGCUGAGAUGAAUAUGAAAUUUUGGUAGGCAAUUCAAAAUCAUUAAGAGAAGAAUGCAUUUCAAAAGCAGGUAGAGGGAAUGCAUCUUAGUGAUUUGCUACAAUUUUAGAAAUACCUACAUGAUUUUGAGCUUCAGCCAAAAGAGAAUUUAAUGUACAUUUGAAGUUGAUUGUUAAUAUGAUUAUGAACUUUUAAUUGUAAUAUUUUAUAUCCAUUCUAUUGUACAAAUAAAUGUCAAACUAUAGCUCUUUAAUGAGCUGGGAAAAUUGUCAUACUAGUUUUUACCAGUAAAUACUCAAAAGCAUAGCAUGUAUUGGGGAGGUUUGGUGAUUAAGGUGACUUGCAAAGGGCAUUUUAUAGCAUGGCCUGUGUUUCAAGUGAUUGUUUAAUGUGUUUUAAUAUAAUGUUUUAAACAGGGACAUUGCCAUCUGUUUAAUGUCGUGUGUUGCAUGCUGUUUAUGCUACUGUGACUGAAAUGCACUUGCCUCUACUCAGAAGUUGUCCUUGUGAAACAAGAUGCCAUUCUGUAGCAGCUUUGUUAAAAAAAUAAGUAUUUGAGGGUUUGUAUGCAUUAAAUUUUGUUUGUGAUACCA